AUGACGGAAAAGCUCCAUCCGGAAGAACAACUCACCGCCGCCACGGCGAAGCAGACCUCUGCGCCCGAACCUGUGCUCGUAGAUUCGGAGAAGGGCACGCCACAGCCCGACAUCCCUGACGAUCCCUCUUCUGGGGAGGCGUUGCUAGACGUUAAAGAUGACGGCGCAGGCCCUGCUAAGCGGAAACGUGAACACGUCGAAGGUGAAGAACACGAGACGACAGAGAAAGGGAGCUUCGUCAAACGAGCAAGGACGCCCGACUCAGGUCGUAGUGAUAAAGACGAGAUCGUUGAGGCAGCAGCGAUAGGUAUAUCAACUCCCAUAGAAACACCCGAACGUAUUGCAACCCCGACGAAGGACGAUGGGGACGAUGAGGAAGAGACGCGCAUAGAAACCAAGAGCGCCGACGUGACGCCUCCAUCAAAGAACGCAAUCUCUGAAUCAACUUCGACUAGCUUUCAAAAACCUUCAAACCCAUUUAUGAAAAAAUCUGGAGGAAGCACUACCACGUGGGACGAUCUUCUGGAAGACGAACCAGCAACGCUAACGACGGCCACAUUAACGCCUACGAAGCUGGGGGCGACUGCCACCCUCAUUAGCCCAUUCAAGGGAAUGGGUGUGCACUCUGUGCCGAUGGGUGUGCAACCUUCAUCUUUGGGUAAUCUUGGUUCCAGCUGGUCGCAAGCAGGAAAGACGAACGAUGAUAAGCCGUCUUCCAUCGCCUUAGGAGGAAUCUCCAGCUUGGAAGGAAGCAGAAACAGCUUGGGUUCUGCCCUCGGUGGGCCAUCCAAGAUGUCCUUCGGAUCAAGCGGCUACGUUUUCGGAGGUGGUUUCAAGGGCUCCGGUUUUGGUUCCACCACCAUUACGCCCACGAAGCCCUUUGGGAGCAUGGCUCAAACCUCAUCCACUAGCUUCGCAUCGCUCGCCACAGCUUCGGGACAAGACAACAGCGAUACCCCUAAGCGGGAGCCGUCUUCGUCAUUCAGUACGCUAUUGGCGACGCCACAAAGGCACAAAACGGAUGAUUUCACUUCAAAUGAUAAUGGAACUGCUUUGAUCACUCCGCGAAGCAAAAAUGAGUCGGGAGCUCGGAUAGAUGCAUCCGGCGAAGAGGACGAAGAGCGUCUUAGCCAGAAACGAGCCAAACUAUUCGAAUUCGGCAAAUCCGGCGAGAAAACGCAAUGGCGAGAGCGUGGAAAGGGUCAAAUAACCGUCAAUGUGAAGUUGGAGGAUUCAAGUGUAGGGCGGUUGGUAAUGCGCCAGGAUUACACGGGCAAAUUGCUGCUCAAUGCCAAAAUACAACCGGCUAUGGGUGUUGGACGACGUGAUCCUAAGCAUGUUCACUUUUUGGGCCCUUCAAGUGAAGAUCCUACGCAGAUGGGUCAAUUCAUGCUCCUGCUGCAAAACUCGGACCAUGCGAACGAAUUCGAGUCGGCCAUCAAGGCUGUGCUGGCUAACGCAGUGGAGGAUUGGAAACGCGAGCGACGGUCACUAUGA